UAGUUCGAACUGUUCUUCUUGCUAUAACCGGGUUCUUCCCAACAGAAGCAAAAGGCGCUAUAGGAAGCCUUCAAUAUGAUAAGAGUCUGAGAAGAAAACUGGCCAAACAGUCCAUGGAUUGGUCUUGCUCCGUUUGCGGAGACAUCAUGAAAGACAUUUUGAGUGAUAAGCCAGACAUGUCUACUACAGUGGAUAGUAUAGCAAAUAAAGGCGAAGAGAUUCCAAGCUUUGAAUUAUCUUUCAAGCCCGAAAACAGUUCUAGCAGUACUCCUUCGACAACUGUUUUGAAUAACGGAACGAAGUCGGGUGCACUGGAAAACGACAAUUAUAAGGAGGCCGAUGGAACAUACGAACAAUCACAAAAUAGACCGCAAAAUGUAUCACAAAAAGACCAAGUAGAAGAUGAUAAAGUGUCUAAACUACGCUCGUUACCUUCGACGGAAGCUAGUCCUGUUACUAUCAAUAGUAGUAUUAAUACAGUUUGUGAUAAUAGAAACACGUCUUUAAUUAGACCGCCUAUUUGGCUAGACGCCCUGAUAGCAUUGCUACUUUCUAUAGUCUUGGGCCUUUUGAUACAUAAAAGUUUAACGUAAUGUGAAAUAUACCUAAAUAAUACUAGUCACUCGCGUAAUUUCCUUGUAGACUCAUGUCACAAAUAAAAUAUGGGCACUUGCGUAUCAUAUAAUGUUAUCUUGUUCGUAAGAUGGUGCAGGUACUGUUGGUGAGUCUGAAAUUAAUCUUUGCGAUGGAAGCGUUACAUUAUCUAACACCAAAAAGAAACUCAGAACGUGCAGAUUCAAUGCUA